AGAAAGUUGUUUCUAAUUUCUCUGGAUCGAGAGAGAGAAAGAGAGAUGUCGUCACACAACAACAACCCAGCGUCAGCGAACGAUCCACGGCAGCCGUCAGCGUCGAAACCGUUCCUGGCACCGAUGGUUUCACCACAGGAUGUACCCGUUGAUUACUCAGGUUUCGUUGCGGUUAUCCUUGGCGUGGCUGGCGUCAUGUUCAGGUACAAGCUUUGUUCGUGGCUUGCUCUCAUAUUCUGUGCCCAAUCACUUUCAAACAUGAGGAAUAUGGAAAAUGAUCUUAAGCAGAUUUCCAUGGCAUCCAUGACUGAGAGCAUUGUUCUGUUGAGAACCAGUGGUUCCAACCUUUAGUUUCCUUCGAAGAUUGAUUGAAUUCGAGGACUUCAAAUGGAAAUGAGAUAUCUUAGAUGUUGUUUCUCCUGAGAAGGCUGAACUGGAAUGUUAAAUGGGGGGUACCAGAACUUUGUUGUUUUGAAUGCAAUUGGCGUCUUUUUUUUGCAUAAGUUAUAGAGUUAAUUAUAAAUUACUCCUUCUGAUGUUUGAAAACAAAUUAUUAUUACCCUCUACUAUGAUAAAUAAUUAAAUAAUCCUUGUAGUUUUGUAUUCUGUCAA